AUGCGACCGGAGCUCCAGCCCCACAGUGGCCAUCACAUCAAUGAUACGCGGUCGCCUUGUGGAGAUUCUCCAGAGGAGGCUAGAGACAACCACUGUGCAUUCGACCUGCUUUCAUUUUCCUGGCUACCUCAACGAUGCUACGACGCUGAGAUAUCCGCGGAGUUCCUCAACCACAGCGAUUGGAGCUGGUACAAGCAAGGAUAUCAUUCGGCUUCCGAACUCGAGCCGGAACCUGUUCAUCAGAGCAUAGUCGAGCAAGGAGGGACUGGGGACCUGUACGUGACCGGAUCGUACCACCUAGUACAUUGCUUGUACAUGUGGAGGAAACUCCAUCGCGGGAUGGAAGUGGAAGCACGAGGCUUGAAGCCUGGUAUCUCCGGCGCAUGGAUCGACUCCUAUACGAGAGAUUUCGCGCAUACUCAUCACUGUUCGCAAUACAUCUUGGACCUCGAACGCAGAACGCAUACGGCCAGUACCGCAAGCACGGAUAAAUCCCUCGAGCUUGUGAGCGGCGCUUUGAGAAGCGAGCUCGACGCUAUCAAGGUUCGAAUAAGGACAAAGUAUCCGGGUUGCCCAUCCGAGCACAAAUAG